GUAGCCAUGUUCGAAACUUCGCCGCUCACCUUUGCUCAUGCCUGCACAGCAUAGCACCGCCUCAGCUCGACUGCAUACACUCUCACGACACCUCGCAACGUCCACCAUGCCUGAACGACCGUUCAUCACCUGCCACGUCCUCAACACCGUCACCGGCAAGCCUGGCGCGGGCAUCGAUGUCAAGCUGAAGCUCGUAUCGCCAGAACACGCCACAACGGCCCAUUGGACGGCGAAGACAAACGAUGAUGGACGAGUAACAGCAUGGAGUGCUUCAGCAGAUCUCAACGAGGUGGUCAAAGCGGCAAAGGCAGGGCUGCAAGAGGGCGAGCAGCUGAUUUGGAGCUUGACAUUUGAUACCGAGGCGUUUUACGGCAAGGGAAACACUUUCUGGCCACAAGUCGAGCUGCGAUUUGCGGCUGAGAAGGGCGAGGAGCAUUAUCAUGUGCCCUUGCUGCUUGGGCCGUGGAGCUACACGACCUAUCGUGGGUCAUGAGAACAUCCUGGACAACACGGAAUCCAUCAGCCCAUCAUGCAUACCGGGUUAUUUCGCUAUGGAAGAAGUCAACGACUUCUUUUGAGCACACCGCCCUAUCAUAUGCUCCAGCUCAUAUGCUGCACAUAAAGCGG